UUCCUGGAUCAAAUCAUGGCUGCGGAAAACGGAUGGGUGAAUGCCCAGAAACUGCUGGAGACGAAAGCAGUAUAAUACCUUCGCGACCGGCGAUGCUUUGAUCCUGUUGGAGCAAGAGCACAGGAUGGAGGGUGGGAGGCAAAGUCGCGUGUCCCGCCCACAGCGGAUCAGUGAGUCAUCAAAGGUGUACCGCUGGGGGGAGCAGGCUAGCUGGGUGCUGCAGGGCCUGAACGAGCAGCGGCAGCGGGGCCAGCUAUGCGACGUGGUGCUGGUGGCGGACGAGCAGCGCGUGCCGGCCCACCGCGCACUUCUGGCCGUGUCCAGCCCCUACUUCCAGGCCAUGUUCACGCUGGGCAUGCGUGAGGAGCGGCAGGCCGAGGUGGAGCUGGUGGGCGCCUCCUACGUGGGCCUGAAGGCGGUGGUGGACUUCCUGUACAGCGGCGAGCUGCCGCUGGACGGAGGCAACAUCGACUACGUGCUGGAGACGGCCCACCUGCUGCAGGUGUGGCGGGCUGUGGACUUCUGCUGCCAGUACCUGGAGAAGGAGGUGAGCGAGGAGAACUACCUUUACCUGCAGGAGCUGGCCGUGCUGUACAGCCUGGAGCGGCUGGACGCCUUCAUCGACCGCUUCAUCCUGGAACGCUUCGCCACGCUCUCCUUCACGCCCGAGUUCCUGCGUGACGUGCGGCUGCCCAAGCUCAUCGCCUACCUGUCGAGCGCCGAGGUGCAGCACGAGAGCGAGCAGGCCCUGCUGCAGGCCGCCCUGCAGUGGCUGAGCCAGCGGCCCGACCGGCCGGAGCACGCCCGCCAGCUGCUCUCCCACAUCCGCUUCCCGCUGAUCCCGCCGGGCGACCUGGAGGGCCGCGUGCUGCCGGCCGUGCGCUCGCUGCUGCCGCCGGAGGCGGGCUGCGAGGCGCUGGUGGAGGAGGCGCUGGCGUACCACGCCCGGCCCAGCGCGCAGCCGCUGCUGCAGACGGGCCGCUCGGCGCUGCGCGGCGGCGUGGAGCGCCUCCUGCUGGUGGGCGGAGAGGUGUCGGAGCGGGGCGAGGAGCUGAGCUCGGAGGUGCGCUGGCUGGACGGGGACAGGGCGUGGGUGGUGGAGACGCACCUCCCCGCCUGCCGGAGCCACCACUGCGUGGCCGUGCUCGGUGGGUUCAUCUUCACCGCCGGCGGGAGCUCGUCCCGCGACAACGGGGGCGACGCCGCCAGCAACCUGCUGUACCGCUACGACCCCCGCACCAACCAGUGGAUCAAGGGUGCGCCCAUGAACCAGAGGCGUGUGGAUUUCUACUUAGGGGUGAUAGAGGACUGUCUGAUUGCUGUUGGGGGGCGCAAUGAUAACGGGGCUCUGUCGUCCGUGGAGAUAUAUCGCCCACUGGAGGACGCUUGGGCUUACGUAGCGGGGCUGCCCAGGUUCACUUACGGUCAUGCCGGCACCCUGCACAGGGGCCUGGUGUACAUCUCGGGGGGGCACGAUUACCAGAUCGGGCCGUACAGGCGGGACGUGUUGAGCUACGACCCGCGGGCCGACGCUUGGGCGGAGCGCCGGGCGAUGGGCGUCGCCCGCGGGUGGCACUGCAUGACGUCGCUGCACGAGCUGAUCUACGCCAUGGGCGGCAGCGACGACCGCGAGAACAGCAUGGAGCGCUUCGACAUCCUGGCCGUGGAGGCCUUCGACCCCAGGACCGAGCAGUGGACUCGCCUGGCCCCCCUCCUGCAGCCCAACAGCGAGGCGGGCGUGGCCGUGUGGGAGGGCCGCAUCUACGUCCUGGGCGGGUACAGCUGGGAGAACAUGGCGUUCUCGCGCGGGAUGCAGGUGUUCGAGCCGGAGAAGGGCCAGUGGGCGAGGGGGCCGAACCUCCCCAAACGCAUCGCGGGGGUGUCGGCAUGCGUGUGCACAGUUAAACCCCGCCCCUGCAGCCCUGACAGGAAGAAGGCGGGGCACAGAGGGAAGCAUGUGCAGACUCUCCCCCAGGGGAGGGUCAGGUGACUGUGGGGGAGGAGGGUUGGCUUCAGGAGCUGUGCUGUAGGGGAACAGAUUGAUGGGUCAUGCUUAUUGCCAAAAGCACA